CAGCCCCACUAACCCCGAGAUUCGCGCGCUUGCCUCCCUAUGGCCGGGAUCGCCCCUCCCAGGCCCUCGGUCUGUCUACUGGGGGCGCGCGCAGUGCGUGGCAGGCGGUAGCGGCGCUGGCGGCUGAGAACGCGGGUCGUGCGGCGGAGCGUGGUUGCUAGGGGCGCCUGAGCCCUCCUGCCUGUCCCGCAGGCCAAAGGAGGAAGCCGCGCGGAGCCGGCGCCGAGUCGGGAGAAGCGGGUCCACUAGGCUGACAGACUUCAAGGAUGCAGCUAUUACUGGAGAUGUGUGGCACCUUACCUGAGCCAGGCCAUGAGGCCAUGUUGCCAUGAUGUGGGCCCCUCAUGGCCUCAGCAGGAACUGAAUACUACAGUAUUGGCCAGGGAAAUAGCUUCACGCAGAGGGGUCCCUCUGGCAAAGUAUCUGCCCCACCAUCUGAGAAACCCUCUGAGGGCAAAGUCUGGUCUCAGUUUCAUCAGCAGGCGAAGACAGUCUGGAAGCUGGAGAAGCACGUAGGCACCCUUUCAGCAGGAUUGGACCUACACCUCUUGGGUUUCCCAAACGAGCCAGCGUAUUUCUUUUGUCCCAGCACUUCAUGUAGCUUUGGGACCACAGCUGCCCUUGCAGGCCACAGCAACACCUGUUACCUGCCUUCUGUCCCGGACUUGUUCAGCAGUACCCUGCUGUACCGCCGCUUCAACCAUAGGCACAAAACACAUCAGCAGCUGGAGUCUUUCUGCUUACGUUCAAGCCCGUCAAAAAAAAGACCUUUUUCUGUCCCUCAAAAGAGCCUCCUUGUCAGACUCACUGCCAAUAAGGCCACUUCUUCCACGGUCUCCCCCAUGGCCCAGCCUGUGGCAUCCUCAUCCAUAGAUCCAUACCUCACACUGGGAGCAGCUGGGGAAAACCCUUCAGGGAAGAGGCUGGCUUCUGCCUUCUCAGGGAAGAUCCCAUCUCCACUCUCCUCCCCUUCACCCUCCUAUAAGCCCAUGCUAAAUAACUCCACGGGGCCAAAUAGCACUAAAGUGCCUUUAUCACUGGCCACAGAGGGCCUGAAGCCAUUAUCCUCACCCAAGAUCCAACUUGUGUCCUGGCAUCAUUCAGGGGGCACUGGAGACUGUGCAUUCCAGCCUAUUGAACACAAGGUACCCAAGAGCAAUGGCAUUGUCGUACAUGGUGCCCUUGCCCAUAGCACCCUGUCUACUCCUAGCUCCUUAGACAUGUCUACCACCAGUGUUGCCUCCCCCCAGUACAACCACAGUAACUUAGUCAUGAGGAUAAAGCCACAUCCCUGUGGCCUGAAUGGCGACCCUGUUUCCCAGGCUCUGACCAAGGAGGCUCGGUUCACUGAGGCUGUGAGGCAGUUGACUGCAAGAGGCUUUGAGAAGCCGAGGCAAGGCUCCCAGUUUGAACAGUCUUGUUUUGUGAACCCGAGUUUGCAAUGGGAUCUCCUCAACAGGAACAGGCAGUGGAAACCUCCUGUGGUAGGCCAGCAGUUCCCCCAGGAGGGUGCCCCAGCAGACAAUAGGAUCCUCCCUGGAGCCUCAGACACCUUGGAGUUGGACAAUACAGUCUUUUGUACCAAACGCAUCAGCAUUCACCUCAUUGCCUCACACACCAGUGGGCUCAGCCAUAGCCCUGUCUGUGGGUCUGCGGUCGACUCCCCACUACACGGAGAAGACAAGACGCCAGUGCUGCCUUCUCCCCCUCAGCCCUGUGACCUAGCAGAUGUGGCCACCCACCUCUCUUCCAUCCAUUUGGACCAGCUUGGGAAGGAGGAGCCUAUAGAAGCCAGGGAGCUGGACUCACCUGCUAAGGAUAUUGGUUCAGCUGCUGACCUCCAGCCAGACCAGGUUGAGGCUGACGAUCUAGAAGAAGAGCUGGUAGAUGGUUUGGAAGACUGCUGCAGCAAUGAUGGGAAUGAAGAGGAGGGAGACUCAGAGUGCUCCUCAUUCCGUGCUGUCUCUUCCAGCGAGUCGAUAGCAGUGAUCUCUCGGGGCUGCAAUGAGGCUCUGACCAAACCUCUUUCCAAUGAGAAAGUUGUCCGGCCAGCCCUUAUCUACAGUCUCUUUCCCAAUGUGCCUCCUACCAUCUAUUUUGGCACUCGAGAUGAGAAAGUGGAGAAACUUCCCUGGGAACAAAGGAAGCUGCUGCGGUGGAAGAUGAGCACAGUGACCCCCAACAUUGUCAGACAGACCAUUGGACGGUCCCACUUCAAAGUCAGCACGAAAAAUGAUGACUGGCUGGGCUGCUGGGGUCACCACAUGAAGUCUUCUAGUUUCCGAUCUCUUCGGGGGCACCAGAAGCUAAACCACUUCCCAGGUUCAUUCCAAAUUGGGCGAAAGGACCGGCUGUGGCGGAACCUAUCCCGCAUGCAGAACUGCUUUGGCAAGAAGGAGUUCAGUUUCUUCCCCCAGUCCUUCAUCCUGCCCCAGGAUGCCAAGCUCCUGCGCAAAACCUGGGAGAGCAACAGCCGCCAAAAGUGGAUUGUCAAACCACCAGCAUCAGCUCGGGGCAUUGGCAUCCAGGUCAUUCACAAAUGGAGUCAGCUCCCCAAGAGAAGGCCCCUUCUGGUACAGAGGUAUCUACACAAACCCUACCUCAUCAGUGGCAGCAAAUUUGAUCUGCGAAUCUAUGUUUACGUCACCUGCUAUGAUCCUCUACGGAUUUACCUCUUUUCAGAUGGACUCGUCCGCUUUGCCAGUUGCAAGUAUUCCCCUUCCAUGAAGAGCCUUGGUAACAAGUUCAUGCACCUGACCAACUACAGUGUCAAUAAAAAGAAUGCUGAGUACCAGGCCAAUGCAGAUGAAACGGCCUGCCAGGGCCACAAAUGGGCACUGAAAGCUUUGUGGAACUACCUGAACCAGAAAGGAGUCAAUAGUGAUGCCAUAUGGGAGAAGAUAAAGGAUGUUGUUGUCAAAACCAUCAUCUCGUCAGAACCCUACGUGACCAGCCUGCUGAAGAUGUAUGUGCGGCGGCCCUAUAGUUGCCACGAGCUCUUUGGUUUUGACAUCAUGCUGGAUGAGAACCUUAAGCCCUGGGUCCUGGAGGUCAACAUUUCCCCAAGCCUCCACUCUAACUCUCCAUUGGACAUCAGCAUCAAAGGCCAGAUGAUCCGUGACCUUCUGAACCUGGCAGGCUUUGUUCUGCCCAACGCAGAGGACAUUUCCAGCUCCAGCUGCUCCAGCAGCUCCACCAGCCUGCCCGCCUCCCCCAGGAACAAAUGUCAAAUGGCCCCAGAGCAAAUCACUGCACAGAAGUUGAAGAAAGCCUAUUACCUGACCCAGAAAAUUCCUGAUCAGGACUUCUAUGCAUCUGUGCUGGAUGUCCUGACACCAGAUGACGUUCGGGUUCUGGUCGAGAUGGAAGACGAGUUUUCCCGCCGGGGUCAAUUUGAACGAAUAUUUCCUUCCCGAAUUUCUUCUCGCUAUCUCCGCUUUUUUGAGCAGCCACGAUAUUUCAACAUUCUCACCACCCAGUGGGAACAGAAGUACCAUGGCAACAAGCUCAAAGGAGUAGAUCUGCUUCGGAGUUGGUGCUACAAGGGGUUCCACACAGGAGCCAUCACUGAGUCUGCUCCAGUGUGGUCUCUCCCGACAUCACUUCUGACUGUCCCAAAGGGUGAUGUGAUGGUCAGUGCUUUCUCCAAAUCGGAGACUGGCAAGCUGGGGAAACCCAUUUCCUCAAAAGACAGUGAAGACACCAGCAAAGAGCCCAGCCUCUCCAAGCAGAUGUUACCUGUGAACAAAUACUCUGGGCGGACUUUGAGACUCUCUGCUUCCCCUAUCUCCCAGUCAACUGGUGACUCCCUCCUGGCUGCUGUGAGCCCAUGACUGGCCUCUUUCCACUAGCCCCUGCCCAGGAGCACUGGCGUAGCUACCUCAUGGGAACUGGCCAGCCUGAGCCUCUGCCCCCUCACCUUCCCCCUCUUCAGAGUAUUUUUUUGAAGCAGUGAAAUUACAGAGAUGGUUAUCUGGAAGGUUGGUGGGGUGGUGGGGACAGGGAGAAGGUGAAGAAGGUUCACUGGCUGGUACCUCAUAUCUCAGCAGAGAAGCCAAUGACAGCUACUCAGCCUUAUAAAGCAGGGUUUGCUUUCUACCUUCAGAGAGCUGUGUGUGGUUUGUUUUAGGCCGUGGUGCAGUGAUUGAAUUCGAGUUCAAGAGGAGAAAACCUAGUGAACCUGUUUGGGUCUGAAGUCCUUUGUAGUUGAGGAGGUUCCUCUGAAGGUUCUCAUUUCCUCAGGUCUUCCGUCCGCUCCCUCCCUUCCCUUUUAUCCUGAGAAGUCACUUUCAGAAACCUUCAAACUUCCUCAGUAGACAGACAGGGAGAGGCGAUGACAUGGUGAAACCAUGUCCUAUCAUGCUAGUCUUGGGAGCUUCACCACCUGUAGACCGUUUGUCUUUACAUAUAUCCACCCAGCCAGUGGCCCUGGGUCUUCCUAUUCUGACCUCAUAACACUACUUAGUCAACCUUCUAGACUUCUCAGUCAUGGAUGUUUCCUCUUCAACUCGUGGCUUUCUGAGGGUGAGAGCCAAAUUGUGAAUUUCUUGUGGCCUCAGUGAAGGAGCCUGGAUAAUCCCACUUGCUGUUGUCUGUCAAUGGACACAGUCUGGGAGAGAGCAGAAGGAGCUGUGAUUUCCCCAUAACCUAGGAAGGCUCAUGAUCUCUUUACUCCCUUCACUGUCUCUGAUUAAUGGGGUCUGGCUCACAGGUCGCUAGGGCAAGCAGAGUCUGGUGGCAUAGCAGGUGGAUUUCAGAAGCAGUCAUUCAUUGAAGGAUGGGCUUCCACACACUGCUGCCUAAACUCUUGUACUCUUAACUGAAUCUACCUCCCUCCCUAAGACUCAGUAAAACAGUGACUGUUCAAUAAAUGUUUGAAUGAACUGUA